AUGGCACCAAAGGCCGCACCAGAGCAGCGGACGAAUGGGAAGAGGCGGAGGCCGCAGCGGGUGCGCGUCACCAACAAGGCGCUCGAAUCGCGGCAGUUCUCCACUGCUCGCCUCCCACGCACAAGCGAGGUGCCGGCGCAGAAGGUGGAUGUCCACUCCAUGUACCAGGAGCUGGAGUGUAGAUCUAGUGGUGGCACCACCGCCGCAUCGUCUAGCAAGUUGGCCAGCGCUGCCUAUUCCUCCGGUUUCGACCCUGUUUCGAGUGAUGCGAUGUUCACGAUUGUGGCCAAGUCCAAGUACUGGCCACCGCCCUCACUGGAGGAGCUGCACGCCAAGACCGGCCAUGACCACGGCGAUGGCUUUGACUCGUACGAUCGACGCGAGGACGACAAGAAGGCGCGGAAAGAGCGGGUGAAAGUGGCCAAGGGAGAGGUCAAUCACCCGCGCGGAAAGCCACGACAGAACACCGUCAUCCACCUCUCGGACAGCAGCAGCAGCAGCAGCGGCAGCGAUGACGAUGAUGGCGAGCACCGCGGCUGCGACGCUGAGUAG